AUGGCACCCGCGUCUUCCAAAGAAAAUCAGGAAGGUUCUGGCAAGGGACUGGAUUACAGUUCGCUUCAUGUUUCCACGCCUAAUGAACCGGUCGCCAUUAUUGGUAUGGCCAUGCGCCUACCUGGCAAUGUUAAAGGCGAAUCCGACUUUUGGAACCUGCUUUCAGAAAAGAAAAGCGGACUCUGCGAUAUUCCUAGGAACCGAUUCAAUUUAGACGGGUUCUAUGACUCGUCAGGUACGCGUGGAACAAUUCCUUUCACCCAAGGCUACUUUCUCGACGGCGUUAAUAUCCAAAAUUUCGAUACGACAGUCUUUCCAACAUCUAAGACAGAGUUAGAUCGGCUCGAUCCAGCCCAGAGGCAGCUCCUUCAAGUGGCUUACGAGUGUUUUGAAAGCGCCGGCAUGUCUUCCUGGCGUGGUAGCAAUACUGGGUGCUAUAUCGGCGAAUUCGGCGAAGACUGGGCCGACGUCAACGCAAAAGAAACGCAGCACAUAGGCGGUUAUCGUGCCACUGGGUUCGAAGAUUUUGCUCUAAGCAACAGAAUUUCUUAUGAGUUUGAUUUACGCGGUCCUAGCAUGACUGUAAAGACUGCUUGUUCUUCAUCGCUUGUCUGUCUUGAUCUAGCAUGCGAAGCAAUUCGCAAUGGCAAGUGUGACGCUGCACUCGUAGGUGGCAUUAAUCUGAUUUUUUCACCAACUAUGUGGAUUACGUUGAACGACAUGGAAUUGUUAUCUCCGAGGGGUCAGUCCAGGCCAUUUGAUGCCACGGCCGACGGUUACGCUCGUGGCGAAGCUGUCAACAUGGUUCUAGUCAGGAAGUUAAGUUCUGCUUUACGAGACAAGGAUUCAAUUCGUGCUUUGAUUCGUGGAACUGGAGUCAACAGCGACGGUCGCACGUUGGGAAUGGUUGUUCCAAAUCCUCUUGCACAAGCAAAUCUCAUACGUCGCACCUACUCAGCCGCCGGAAUACCAAACCUGAGUGAAACGGCAAUAAUCGAGUGUCAUGCUACAGGUACACAAGUAGGAGAUUCACUUGAAGCUAAGGCUAUAGCGGACUGCUUUGGUGAUAAAGGUAUCAUUAUUACAUCAGUUAAAGCAAAUGUUGGACACGCAGAGGGUGCAGCGGGAUUGACUAGUGUGAUAAAGAGUGUUUUAGCUUUAGAGCACCGCAUGGUUUUACCAAAUAUCAGUUUCGAGACACCGAAUCCAAAGAUUCCUUUCAAGGAGUGCAAGCUCCAUGUCCCGAUCGAAACGGAACCUUGGCCUAAGGGCCGCGCUGAAAGAAUCAGUGUAAAUUCAUUUGGCAUUGGAGGUGUUAAUGCACAUGUCAUUAUUGAAUCGUAUCGGCAAUUCAACCUCGACUUGCAGAUCGACGCUAAACAUUCGCUCACUACCAGUGUUCCAUCGGUUUUGGAUGGCUGGAAUGAGAUCAAAGCUAUUUUAGUAUUCACCGGACAGGGUGCGCAAUGGCCUACAAUGGGGGCACACCUUUGGGAUACAAACAUCAUUUUUAGGGAGACAAUCCAGAAACUGGACCGAUUUUUGCAGACUAUGGAGACACCGCCACUAUGGAAGAUCGAGCACGAGUUGCAUAAAGGCGAGAAUGAUAGCCGAGUGUACAGUGCUGAGCUUGGCCAUCCUCUUUGUGUGGCUAUACAGAUAGCUCUCGUGGACGUUAUUCGUUCUUGGGGAGUUAUUCCCCAUGGUGUGAUUGGACAUUCAUCGGGUGAGGCAGCUGCCGCCUAUGCCAGUGGAGCUAUCACAGCGGAGGCUGCAAUAGCAGUCGCAGCAUCCCGCGGAUUUAGUAAUGUCCCAGUAAAAGAAGAGGGCUCCAUGGCAGCAGUCGGACUUGGUAGAGAUGAUGUGUUGCCUUUUCUGUUACCUGGGGUGGACAUUGCUUGCGAGAACAGUCAACUGAGCACAACUUUAUCCGGAGAUACAGAAGCUGUCAAGGAGGUCCUCAGAAAUAUCCAGGCCGAACGACCUGGAGUAUUGGCUCGCCUCUUACGGGUGGAGAGAGCGUAUCAUUCUCACCAUAUGCUCCGGCACGGGGAAACUUAUGAGAAACAAAUCACGCCUUACGUCCAAAGCUGUAGCCCUACGAUACCCUUUUAUUCUUCGGUCACUGGAAAGCUUCUGACUGGAGACAGUUGUCUUGAUGCGCAAUACUGGCGUGCUAAUAUGGAGCGUCCUGUUCUAUUCAACUCUGCUCUACGUUCUUCAUUCGAAGAGAUCUUACCAAGCGAUACUGACAAGGCUGUUUUGAUUGAGAUUGGCCCUCAUCCCGCGCUUGCUGGACCGAUUGGCCAGAUCCUCAGGGAUACUGGCCGUAAUAACCAUAUCUUGCACAUCGGCUCUCUUCGCAGAGGCAACCCUUGUGAUGAGAGCCUGAUGUAUCUCGCUGGCAAGCUCUAUCAACAAGGCCUCCCUCUGAAUUACGAGGUUCUCUGUCCACCGGGGAAAUUUGUCAAAAAUCUUCCUCGUUACCCCUGGAAGCAAGAUAUAACCCACUGGCUCGAGCCACGGAUUUCUCGAGAAUGGAGAUUUCGCGAACAUCCCCCACACGAGCUUCUUGGAAGCAGAGUCUUCGAGUCAGCAGCCAAUGAGCCUGUAUGGAGAAAGGUAUUCACUCUUAAUGAAGUCCCUUGGCUAGCUGGACACGAAGUGAAUGGCGAUAUCAUUUUCCCUGCCGCUGGUUAUAUUGCCAUGGUCGGCGAAGCUAUUCAGCAAUUGUCUGAAACUGAAGAUGGAAGUUCUGAUGGCACGUUCAGCAUGAGGAAUGUACGUAUCGCCUCAGCGCUAGUUCUAAAGAUGGAUAAGAUCACAGAAAUCAUAACAAGCUUCAAGAGAAUCAUGGUUGAUUCGUCUGAAACCACUCCUUGGUUUCAAUUCACUAUCAGUUCUUUCGACGGAACGAGAUGGGCCAGGAAUUGUUUUGGCGAAGCAAGAGCGUCUCAAGACAGCUCUUUCGCAUUUCCUCGACAUAUGGUAGCCCAGACUGGCUCAUUUCCACGCAAGGUAGACGAAAAGACGUGGUAUACCGGACUAAGGCAUGUUGGGUUUAACUACACGGGUGACUUUGAGGGCAUGCAGAAUAUCUCGGCCGCAACCACCAUGAAUGAAGCCAAAGCCACUGUUGAGAUUGUACAUACACAUGGAAAACCAAAGUGCUCUAGGUAUGUGCUUCAUCCAGCCGUCAUCGACCAAUUCCUCCAACUUAUUGCUGUGGCAUCCUCUCGUGGGCUGUGUCGAGACUUGAAAAGUAUAUCGGUCCCAACCUUCAUAGAAGAGUUACUCCUGCAUCCUUGUCCGGCUGAUCAUACUCUGGAAAUAAUGGCCAACGUCACUAAGAAAUCGGAGCGGGGCUCGAUAGCCGGAAAUGUUGUAGUGAAGAGUGCGGGAUACCUCGGAGAGCCAGUCACUACAAGAAUCGGCCUAAAAGGCCUCGAAAUGAGCGCAAUGACAAGAAGCAACGAUGAUGCACGAGUAAAUACAAUCCCGUUAAUUUCGCAAUUCGAGUGGAUGCCACAUAGCGAUUUCGUGGACCUGAGAAAACACUUCCAUCGAAAAGCACCGCGUAUCAAUGAGUGGCCAUUGCUCGAGGAACUUGUUCUUCUUUGCAUGUUCAACCAUUGCGAAGGAAUCCAGACGAAUGACGAUACUGCCGAACAUCUUGCCAAGCUCAUGAAAUGGAUGCAAGCGCAGGUCCAACGCUAUAUACAGGGGGCGAACAAGUUCGUAAAUCAAGACAUCUUGCUAGAAAAGAGGAGUGUAGAGGAAAGAGUUAAACGCGUAGAUGAGAUUAUGCGUGCACUCUCCUCAUCACCUUAUGCUGCUUUCUCCAAGGCAGCAUUUCAACUCUUUUCCGUCGCGCCUGCGAUUUUCAGAAAUGAAAUGCACCCUCUUCAUGUUAUGAUGGAGAACAAUGUUCUCACCGACUUCUAUGAUGCACUCUCAGUUGACUCGGCUGACAUGAUCAGUAUUCUGGCCAACACUAACCCAAACAUGCGAAUUCUCGAAGUGGGUGCUGGCACAGGAGGGACAACAGCCAAUAUUCUGCGGGCUUUGACGUCAUCCUAUGGCGAGCGUCUGUAUAGUGUCUACACUUACACAGAUGUAUCAUCCGGGUUCAUGGCAGCUGCUAAAGAGAGGUUCUCAAGCCAUGCUGCAAUAGAAUACGCCGUACUGGAUGUCACCAAAGAUCCAGCUGAGCAAGGCUUUCAGUUGGGUAGCUUCGAUUUGAUCAUUGCCGCAAAUGUUUUACAUGCUACUCCAAGCCUGAGAACAACUCUGUGUAACAUGCGUAGUUUGUUAAGCCCAAGAGGGCGACUCUUCUUAGAAGAGCUCAACCCAGAAAUGAUGUGUGUCAACUAUGUCAUGGGCUUCCUUUCCGGAUGGUGGCUUGGAGCACUAGAUGAUCGCGUGGAUCAGCCAUUCAUUUCACCAGAGAGAUGGACGAAAGAACUUCUCGAUGCCGGCUUCCCAAAACCCGAAGCAAUCAUCCUCGAUGACGACGCGCCUUAUCAACUCAACGCUGGGAUCGUAGUAGCCCGUGAGAGCUCAGAACACACACUGUCACGGGUCAGUCUACUGUGCUAUGAUUCUGACGGUCGGUACGUUUCUGAGGUACGCCACUGUUUGGAAGCCUCAAACGUAACUGUUGAUGUCUGUCAUUUUGGACAACCAUUACCACCACAAAACGAUGUUAUUUCGUUGCUGGAGCUUCAAAAACCCCUUCUACACGGAAUCCGUGAGGAGACAUUCGAAAUUAUCAAGAAUUGUUUUUGCUCGCACAAAGCGCUUAUUCUAUGGAUAAUGCCCGCUGUACAAGUCGGUAAAGUAAAAGAUCCACAGUCUGCUUUGACGCUCGGUCUUGCCAGAACUGCACGAAACGAAUUAAGCCUCCCUUUUCUAACUGUUGAAGUCGAUGAGACCUCCACAGGAGUAGGGGCUGCUGCGACUAAGAUAACCAAGAUUUUUCGUAAAACCAGAUUCGAACAUUUCAAUCCGUCCGGAUCUAUAGAUCCGGACUAUGAGUACGCCAUUGUUCAUGAAGAGAUACUCAUCCCACGCCUACAUUGGCAAACAUUAUCAGAGGUGGUUGAAGGGAUUCGGAUAGAAGAUAUGCGCGCGAUAGAGGGAGAAAAACCUCAGUGGCGUAUCGCUAUGAGGACGCCAGGCCUUUUACACACCUUGACAUGGAUCCCGUGUGAACAAAGCGCUUUCCCUAUCGAGAAUGAAGUUCUUGUUGAGUCUAAGGUUAUUGGCCUUAAUUUUCGAGAUAUUCUCAUCGCUUUAGGCAUCAUGGAGAAUGACCUCAGCGAGAUGGGGUUUGAAGGAAGCGGUAUUGUCCGGGCAGUAGGACCUGGAGUAUCUCGCUUCUCGGUUGGGGACCGCGUUUCAUAUCUAGGAAUGGGGUGCUUUAAAACGACGCAGAUAAUGAACGAAGCUCUGUGCGUCAGAUUGGACGAUUCAAUGACUUUUAAAGAGGGCGCAGCUUUGCCACUUGUUUACGCAACAGCUUACUAUGCGCUUGUUGAAAAAGCUAACUUGCAACAUGGGCAGUCCGUACUUAUCCACUCCGCCUGCGGUGGAUUUGGUCUAUCAGCAAUACAGAUAGCGCAGGCGCUUGGUGCUGAGAUAUACUGCACUGUAGGAAGUCACGAAAAACGCAAUUUCUUGACAGAGAACUAUGGCAUUGAACCGUCGCGCAUCUUCAGCUCAAGGGAUACAUCAUUCCUACCUGACGUGUUGAAUGUUACUUAUGGAAGAGGUGUAGACGUUGUUCUUAACUCACUUUCAGGGGAACUACUACAGGCAUCAUGGCAGUGUGUUGCCGAGUUUGGGACAAUGGUGGAAAUUGGGAAGCGUGACUUUCGACGGCGCGCCACACUGGCGAUGGCACCUUUCGAAGCGAAUCGGACCUUCCUAGGAAUCGAACUAGGACCUAUUAUCAAAGGAUAUCCUCGGAAAGCGUCAGCUCUCUUCGAGCGCUGUAUUGAGUGGAUACGCGCAGGGCGCAUACCUGGACCGACUAUAUCGAGAUCCUUUAAAGCGGUUCAGAUUGAAGAAGCUCUGAGGGUGAUGCAGGUAGGGAGUCACAUUGGAAAGAUUGUGAUUGAGAUGCCCGAUGAUUCCAGAGAGUUUGAAGGACAGCACAGUCGACAGAAGGCAUCCUUGUCAACGAUCCACUUCCGGUCAGAUCGUACAUACCUUUUGAGUACUGCGGUGAGUCCUCUUGCAGGCGUCAUUAACCUAUCCAUGGUCCUGAAAGAUGUCGGUCUUCCUGAUAUGACAUUUGGAGAUUGGAUCGCACCAAUUGAGCCGAAGGUCCAAGGUACGUGGAACUUGCAUCAGGCCACCGUACACAACAAGGAACUGGAUUUUUUUAUUCUCCUUUCCUCCUGUAGCGGUGUUAUCGGGCAAUGGGGUCAGGCCAAUUACGCAGCGGCAAACACGUUCCUUGACGCUUUCGUACAUUUCCGCCGGCAGCAGGGACUCGUUGCGUCCGUCAUCGAUCUUGGUGUUAUGGGCGACGUUGGCUUCGUUUCGCAAAACCAGGGCAUUCGCGAGAAUCUGGACCGUAUUGGCAUGUACAUCCUUAGGGAGCAGGACCUACUCAAUGCUUUAAUUCUGGCUCUGAAAAGAUCCUCACUCGCUCCAUCUGCCACUGCUGGACAGAUUUGCGGCCAAAAUAGCGAUAUGACGUACCGGAAUCCAAGUCAGGUCCUCUUGGGCUUGAAUAGCACAAGUCCAAUCUCUUCACCACUCAACCGCGUGCCUUGGAGACGAGAUGCACGUAUGAGCAUAUACCAUAACACCGCGAUCUCAGACAAUAGUGGUGGAUAUCAAUACGGUCGAGCCAAGGCACAAUCUUCUCAAAGUGACGAUUUGCGCGCGAAGCUGGCAUCGAUGGCGAACAAUGAGGACAAAAUAGCCGCUAUAGCUCGUUCGUUAGCAGCAGCAUUGGCAGCUUUCCUCAUCAAGGAUGAUGACAGUAUCGCACUGAACAGACCAUUGGAGCAGCUUGGUUUGGACUCACUAAUCGCUUUGGAAAUUCGUAACUGGAUUCGCCAGAAACUCAAACAGUCACAAUACACAUCAGAUUCAACGCACCUUCGCGUGCAACAUAGAGCUAUCGCUGCUGGCUCUGAGCCAAACGUUCUCCCUCUUAAGAUCUUCCCACAGCACGUUCAGGAUGCUCCGAAGCCUGGUAGACCUGCUAAGCAGGCAGAGGAGGUGAAGGAGCAGAUGUUUCAACAACAAGGUCAGCAUAAGGACUGGACGUUGGAGGACUGGAAGAAUGUCAUCUGGACAGAUGAGACGUCCGUGGUAAUCAACCACCGACGUGGGGGCUACAGAGUCUGGAGAAGGGCAGAUGAGAGAGUAGUCAAGAGCUGCAUCCGUGAGAGGUGGAAGGGAUACUCUGAGUUUAUGUUCUGGGGCUGCUUCUCGUACGACAAGAAAGGUCCAUGCCAUGUCUAUCAGCCAGAGACAAAGGCAGAGAAAGAGGAUGCUGCUCGUCGGAUUGAGCAGCUAAACGCUGAGCUUGAGCCUCUACAGAGAGAGGAGUGGGAGCUGUUAGAGUCUAUGAGGAGAAUAGGGCUACGUAAUAAGCGUGGCAGGAAGCCUCAAUGGAGAUGGACAGAGAAGACAGGCAAGCUGAUGCGCACGUCUGGAGGUGGCAUAGACUGGUGGAGACGUCAGACCUGCGUUCUCAUCCCAAAGCUGAUUCCUUUCGCCAAAGAAUGCCUCUAA